AUGCUGGUGUGCAAGGUCACACCCGAAAUCAAACUGCCAAACGGCUGUCAGGCUAACCUCGAAGAUGAAACGAAGGCUUACUUCCUGGUUAUUUGCACGUCCGCAGAAGGUAUCCUGAAGGCGCAGACUCUCGGACCGGAAAUCGCUCGGAUGCUACGUCAGAAGUUUGCCAUUCUGCAUCAAAUCGACGAAAUAAAUCGGAAGCUGAAAGAGAAUCAAGCAGGCAAGGUACAGUUUUCUCUUCAGCCAUGGCGUGUGUUUCCGGAUAACGUUUUGUUGGUUAGGAAAAUCUGGAAUUUGCGAAAUAUGUAG